GCAACCUGCCGGCGGAAGAGCGGUGGUUCAGGAGCUCUAGACCGCCGCAAACCUGGGAUUUGGAACCCUUUUGUGUAAAAGAUGCUGAGUUCCUUUCUGAAUCUCUCGCACGGCACCUGGACAGAGACCUUCUCUCUGCUCUUGGCUCUUGGCGUGGCCCUGUACUUGGGCUACUACUGGGCACGUGUGCCCCAGAGCCCUUGCCUGGUGGCUGGACCCCAGUUUCUGAGGUUCCUGAAGCAACACUGUCCCCUCACUGUGGAGACUUUCUACCCCACACUAUGGUGUUUUGAGGGACGGCUGCAAACCAUCUUUCGUGUCUUUGUGCAGUCUAAGCCACUAGUCCCUUACCAGAGUGAAGUCCUCCAAACCCCAGAUGGAGGCCAGUUCCUACUAGACUGGGCUGAACAGUCCAACAACAAUCGCUACCCUGACCCUAGCACUCAGCCCAUUGUGUUGCUGCUUCCUGGCAUUAGUGGCAAUAGCCAAGAGUCAUACAUCUUGCACCUGGUUGACCAAGCUUUGAGGGAUGGGUACAGGGCUGUUGUAUUUAAUAACCGAGGCUGCCGUGGGGAAGAGCUGCUGACCCACAGGGCUUAUUGUGCCAGCUAUACUGAAGAUCUAGAGAUGGUUGUGAACCACAUAAAGCGCCGCUACCCUCAAGCGCCACUGCUGGCUGUGGGCAUCUCUUUUGGAGGGAUACUGUUGCUCAACUACCUGGCACAGACUGGAAAGGCCGCAGGCCUGCUGGCAGGACUGACUCUGUCUGCAUGCUGGGAUUCCUUUGAGACGUCCCGCUCCCUGGAGACCACCCUGAACUUGCUGCUCUUCAACCAGCCCGUCACUGCUGGGCUCUGCCGGUUUGUGGCCAGAAACAGAAAAAUGCUUGAAAAGUUGGUAGAUGUAGACUUUGUCCUACAGGCCCGCACAAUCCGCCAGCUUGAUGCACGCUACACAUCUGUAGCCUUCGGGUAUCAAGACUGGGUUGCUUACUACCAAGCAGCAAGCCCUAAAAACAAGGUAGAUGCCAUCCGGCUCCCUGUGCUCUGCCUCAAUGCAGCAGAUGACCCCUUCUCCCCUGUCCAUGCCUUUCCCCUACAGGCUGCCCAACACUCUUCCCAUGUCGCACUGCUUAUCACAGCUCGGGGUGGCCACAUCGGCUUCCUCGAAGGACUGCUGCCCUGGCAGCACUGUUACAUGAGCCGCCUCUUGCACCAGUAUGCCAAAGCCAUCUUCCAGCACCCAGAGGAACUGCUUGACUUCGAGGUGCUUGCCUCUGGGGACAGAAAGAGCUGACAAGUGUACCAUCUGGGGUCUCAGU